AUGCACCACAACAAUUACCCGUCAAGCCGUUACUCAACGCCCCGGCGCCUGCGCCGCUACGCAUGCCUCGCCGUAGCGGCGGUUGCCGUCGGCGGCUCCUCGGGCUGCAUGACCAGCUUCAAGGAGUACGUCCACAACGGCUUCAAGGUCGGGCCCAACUACUGUAAGCCCGCCGUCCCGGUUAGUGACGAAUGGGUCGAGCUGAUCCGCAUCUCGUACGCCGAGAAUCUCACGGUCCGUGACGCCGGCUACCGUGUCCUUGAGGCCCGCGCGAUGCGUCAGGUCGCCGUCGGCGGACUCUUCCCGCAGCAGCAGCAGGCGACCGGCUCGUACACCCGCACGCAGAUCAGCGACGAGUCGGGCUUCGGCGGCGCCGGAUUUGGCGGUGGGCAGAUCGACAUCUGGCAGUUGGGCGGGCAGCUUGCCUGGGAACUCGACUUCUGGGGCCGCUUCCGCCGCGCGAUCGAGUCCGCCAACGCCGAACUCGACGCCUCGGUCGAAGCCUACGAUGACGUGCUCGUGAUCCUUGUCUCGGAUGUGGCCUCGACCUAUGUCGAGAUCCGCACGCUCCAGCAACGGAUCGCCUACGCCGAGCAGAACGUCGAGUCGCAAUCGGGCUCGCUCCGCAUCGCCACCGACCUGUUUGAGGGCGGCGCCGCCGGCAAGCUCGACGUGACCCAGGCGCAAACCAAUCUUUCGCAGACCGAGGCGCUAAUCCCGCAGCUGCGGCUGCAACUCCGACAGGCGACCAACCGGCUCUGCGUUCUGAUGGGCCGCCCGCCCGAGGACCUAUCGCCGAUCCUGGCGAUGUCGCCGGCCAAGAUCCCGACUUCCCCGAAGCAGGUCGUCGCCGGCAUCCCUGCUGAACUGGUGCGGCGUCGCCCCGACGUCCGUCAGGCCGAGCGCCUCGUCGCCCAGCAGAGCGCCCGCAUCGGCAUCGCCGAAGCGGACCUCUACCCGGCGUUCUCGAUCACCGGCAACCUCGGCUGGCAGGCGCCGACGUUCAAUCGGAUGUUCCAGACCAGCGCCUUCACGGGGAGCAUCAGCCCGGGCUUUACCUGGAACAUCCUCAACUACGGCCGUCUGCGUGCGAACGUCGCUGCUCAGGAUGCUCUCUUUCAGCAGCGUGUCGCGCAGUACCAACAGACGGUGCUCGAAGCGCACCGCGAAGCCGAGGACGCGAUCGCCGCAUUCCUGCGAUACCAAGAGCAAGCCGAGGCGCUCACCAAGAGUGCGGACGCGGCGCUCGAAUCGAGCGACCUUGUGCAGCAACUCUACAAGGGCGGCCAGACCGACUUCGGCCGGGUGUUCGUCGCCGAGCUGGCGCUCGUGAAUCAGCAAGACGCGAAGGCAGUCGCCGAGGGUCAGAUCGCCCAGGGUCUCGUUGACAUCUACCGCUCUCUCGGCGGCGGCUGGCAGGUCCGGCUUGGCGGCCCGACCCGACUACCGGUCGUCAUCCCCGCGGAAGACGCCGAAAGCGUCCCCACUCCGUUGCCCGCUGAAGAGACGCCGGCUGAAGAGGCGCCGUCGGAAGUGACGCCAGAGGAAGCCAAGGAACCGACGAUCAACCUGCCGGUCUUCGCCGCGAAGUAG